GCGCGGGAUGGCGGAUUUCGAUGAGAUCUACGAGGAGGAGGAGGACGAGGAGCGGGCCCUGGAGGAGCAGCUGCUGAAGUACUCGCCCGACCCGGUGGUGGUCCGCGGCUCCGGUCACGUCACCGUAUUUGGACUGAGCAACAAAUUUGAAUCAGAAUUCCCUUCUUCAUUAACUGGAAAAGUAGCUCCUGAAGAAUUUAAAGCCAGCAUCAACAGAGUUAACAGCUGUCUUAGGAAGAAUCUUCCUGUUAAUGUGCGGUGGUUGCUUUGUGGCUGCCUGUGUUGCUGCUGCACAUUAGGCUGCAGUAUGUGGCCAGUUAUUUGCCUCAGUAAAAGAACACGAAGAUCGAUUGAGAAGUUAUUAGAAUGGGAAAACAAUAGGUUAUACCACAAGCUGUGCUUGCACUGGAGACUGAGCAAAAGGAAAUGUGAAACGAACAACAUGAUGGAAUAUGUCAUCCUCAUAGAAUUUUUACCAAAGACACCGAUUUUUCGACCAGAUUAGCAUUUGCUUUAUUUAUAGAGACUUUGCAAGUGUGUUGUCUUUCCAAUGGUGCCUUGCUUGGUGCUCUCCUGCUGGUGACAUGAUGCUGGUUCUACAGAAUCGGGUGGUGGUUCUGUUUGUUUUGUUUUUAAAUAACCGCAUGUUCUAUGUGUGCAUAUUUGUCAAACUUUGCAAGUUAUUUCAUACAGAUGUUUAAUACUUAAGUUAUUGUGCUCUUUUCUGUUAUGUAUUCUGAUUUUCAAGGAUUACUUUUUGUAUUCUCAAAAAAAAAAAUACAUUUGAACUUAGCAUAAAAAUGGCCAGCCUUUGUUAUUUUGUCAACAAGGUUCACACGGUCCAUUGUCAGUUCCUUAACAUAGAAAAACAUACUUGUUGUCUGUUCUGACAUACUCUUGUACUGUUUUGUUUUUUCCCUUCCCACUAGAAUUUGUACAGUAGUAUUUGAAACCAGCACAUUUUCUCACAUAGCCUUUUGGGCCUGCGCUGACCUUUCUCACACAGUUCCUGAUGCUCUGUCUCAGCAGAUAUACUUUAGCUUUAUGAAGAACUAGCAAUGGUUUUGAAAAAUCUCUCUUCAAAAGGUCGUUUUCCUGGAAUAGACACAUCACGAGUGGUGUGCAUGCAGCAGCGGUUGCUGGGACUCAGUGAGCUCACUGCAGAGUAGCAUCUGUCCUCAGUGCCAGUCAACAGGCAGAAAGGCAUCUGUAUCCGGUUAUGUUCACUGCUCAGCACAUCUUACAUACAGAAGUAGAGAAUUACCCCUUCUAAAUUCAAAUGUUUCCAAUCUAACAAUUGUGGAAUGGAUGUGUUUCUCGAUAGUUUGGAAAGAAAACAAACUUCUAGAAUUAAAAAUCAUCUGAUAUAACACUAGUGUAUUGUUAUAUAGAGUAGAUAGUCACUAAGAAAUGGUGAGUAUGUUUAAUACUAUUUCCAAUCUACCCAUUCACUUUCAAUCCAGUUAUAUACUUUUUUGAUUGAAAAUUGGAUAUUUAAGUUCAGAUCAGAUUAGCUUAUUACUUUUUUUUAGCUUAUUACUUUUAAAUAUAGACAUACAUAUAUUUUUUCUGUUUAGUUGUACAUAUCUCCACACUAUAGAUUUCUGAAUGGCCUAUGUGUAGACAUUGUUUUUUUAUAAGCCUAAAAUUAAACACAUUUUAAUGUGUUGUCAAGAACUUGUUCCAUAUAAUUGUGGUAUCGAGCAAUAAUGUGAAUAACGUUUGAAAUUAUAUAAACUAUGUUUAAUAAUUUGUAUUAAGAAUUAGUACCACUACCUCCCUCCCCCCACCCCAUAUUAAACCUUUUAAAUACCAGUUUUGUUAAUUGAUAUACCUGUAUUUUUAAAAAGUGUUUCUUUGUACUUCUCUAAAGUACUGUGCUUCUAUAUAAAUUUGAAUAGCUAAAUGCCAGUAUCUCAAAUCCUAUAUGGGAUUUUAGGAAUUGUCUUUAAAACUUGGGUUUAAGAUAGUGUCCUAACGUGUCUGUCUGUCUCUCUCUCUCUCUCUCUCUCUCUCUCUCUCUCUCUCUCUCUCUCUCUCUCACACACACACACACACACACACACACACACACACACACACGAGAACUUAACAACUUGAAUCCAUAGAAAACAUUUCUGUGAAGUGGAGCAGAGUACAAAGGAUUUAAAUGGUUCCCACCUUUCUUUAACCUUUAUCUAGCCAGGGUAGAUAUGUCCUACCACCAUAAUUAGUGCAGUUCAAAAUAAUGCUGUCCCAAACUCCAGUGUUCCUGUGUUUCAGUGUGAACUGAUUGUAUAUUCACACAGUGCUGAAUUCGUCCCAGGCUUCAGAAAGAGCAGCUAACCAUGAUGACCAUGCAGGCUGUGCACAGUGUCCUGUACACAGCUGUCGCUCUGUAGAAUGCCACAGAGAUGGGCUGCAGAGGAAGCUUGGGCCUAGUUAAGAGGCUGUUUGUCUCCUAUUGCUGGUCAAAAUUAUAUUGUUGUAAGAAUAUUUUCACAAUUAAUAUUAACUAUAGGAUUUGAAAAGCUCUUAUAACUGUAAUUAGAAAUGUGUUCCCUACUGAAAAAAUCCCUAGAAAUGUGUACUCCCACACUUCAGAUGUACACAGAGAAGAGCCAAGAUCCAUGGUAUGUGCAUUAUCAUAAACUAAUCAUACCUCAAGCAUUUAGAGCUUUCAUUAAUGACUUACAGUAUUAUUAUUUCUUAAAUAAUAAAUUUAAGUGCCCAUGUACUGGAAAUUAUAUAUCAGAGGCACCCUUAUUACAUGAACAUCAGUCCAAGGAAAUAUUUUAAACAGAAGUUGUUCCUCAGCUCCUGUUUUCUGAUCUUAAGUUUGUAAGUCAUGAACCAUCAGUGCUUUUUAGACUGGCCAAGAAAAUAGAUUAUUAGCAGGAAAUCCAACGUAUAGGUUUGUAUGUAAGCUGAUAAAUUACCUGUGAUCUUUUUUGUACAUCACUGGCUUUUUACAGGUAGCCACUAUUGCUAUACAGAAACUUUCCCAAACAAUAUAUUUUGCAAACUAUUAUAUUUUACACACAACUGUGACUGUUUGGAUUAGAAUAGCUAUUCUAGAGUCCAGUAGCAGUAGUAAAACUGAUGUGACAUUUUCAGCUUUGAGGUGAAUGUUGCCCUUUUCUCAUGAAGGGUUCACUGUAUCUAUAUAAACUAGCAGCAGAUACUACACCAAGAGUCUUUAACGACUAGAUUCUAGUUAUUCAGAAUAGAAACCAUGUAAUUGUGUCUUAAAACCCACAAACUAAAUUUAACACAACCUUGAAUAAUAGUAAACAGUGAUUUCCACUAAUUAUUAGCAUAGUUUUAUAAGUGAACAGUUUUCAGUUGGGAAGAACGGCACCUUCCCCAUAGUUGUUUUCACGGUGUUGAUGGAGCGCUCCUGAUUGUUUCCUUGUAGACACAAGCUAGCUGUACAGCCUUUGGACAGUUUCCACUGCAGUCACGGGGAGGAUGCUCCACGGUGAUACGUGCAGUUGAGACCCGUGUUUGCAAGUUCAGAUGCACUAGUUUUACAUGUUCUGUACAUAGUCAGACUGUUGGAAUUUCCAUGAUGUUUGGCUUCACAGUUUACCAUGUGAAGUUUAGCUGCAUGCCUGAUAUCUCAAUUGUACAGAUUUGCUUUGACUUGCUGUUGAACACUAGUACUGAAUCAAAAGUAAAGUAUGUUUAAAAUUGUCUUUGACACUACACCAGCAUCUGGUUGUGGGCCCUUCUGUCCUGACAGACCUUGGGCUGGGUAUGUCACCUAAGGCCUGGUGGAUGAUAGGCAGCACUCUGCCACUGAACUACGUUCCCAAACACUGCUACCCUCUCAGUGGUCCAGUAUUCCCACCUAUACCUGGGAAUAGUUCAGAGUUGCCUUUUAUCUUCAUUUCUCAAAGAAACCAUUGAAGAUGAUAAUUCUUUCUCCUUGUUUUGUUCUGGUCUGUUUUGUUUUCUGAUGGACUAGCGUGGCCUUCAACUCUCAGUUCCCUUCCCUAGCCUACAGGUACCAAGAUUACAGGCUUGUAGCAGGCUAAUAUUUUCAUUCUCAUAGUACUGAAAACAGAUUUCAAGAUGCUGAUCCUGUUGUUUUGUUUUGAGAUGGGUUCUCAUCUAGCCCAGGCUGGCCUCAAUCCUUUUGUGCAACUGAGGAUUGCAGGCAUUAGCUAUGGUGCCACAAGAUGCUCAUCUUGAUUUCAGGACAUUUCUGUUGUUUUACAAUGUCAUCAGAUUAUUUGGUCUCUUUAUUUUGCUUUCGUUAUCAAAAGAAGAUGUUAUGAUAUGACCACCUCAUGAUGUUACCUUUGUUUAGCUGUUGUUUAUUUUUUCUUUUCAUUAAGUUUUAUGUGAGAGCAAUGUACCUAGAUGUUUAAUGGUAAUUAUUUGGAUGUAGAAUGUCAGCAUAAAUGAGCUCUUGUUAAAUUUUGUGUUUAAAAUUAGAGGUGGGGUCAGCCAAACAUUAGGCAGAGAGAGAGAGAGAGAGAGAGAGAGAGAGAGAGAGAGAGAGAGAGAGGGAGAGGGAGAGAGGAGAGAGAGGUCCCAGGUUAUGGGUGUCCACCAGAUCCCUCCCUCGGAGCUCGGGAAGUCUGAGGAAGAGGUGGAGGAGGAUUGUGGGAACCAAGAGGGGUUGAAGACUCCAUGAGAGCAUGGCCCACCGAAUCAAACUAAUAGGGUUCAUGGGCAUUUCGGGGGGUCACAGAAACUGAAGUGGCAUUCGCAGAGCCUGUAUGGGUCUGUACUAGGUUCUUUACAUGUAUGUUAUGAUUAUUGGGGUUCUGUGGGACUCCUGAAAGUGGGCUGGGGGUGUCCCUGACUCUGUCUUCUCUUGGAACCCUUUUCCUCCUGCUGGGUUGCCUUCCCCAGCCUUGAUGUGAAGGGUUAUGCCUGGUCGUACUGUAUCUUGUGUCAUGUUUUGUUAAUGUCCCUAGGAGGCUUGAUCUUUUCUGGGGCGGGGGGGAGGAAGGGACCUGGAGGAUGGAGAACUAGGGGAAGAACCAAGGAAAUGAAGGGAAGGGAAGUGCGGUCGGAAUGUAGUACAUGAGAGAAGAAUAAAAAUGUUAAACAAUUAGAACAGUUAGAGGUGGGGUAUUCCCCAUAUGUACUUAAAAUAUUUUGUGUGUUUAAAGAUUGGGAAAAUGUUGACUAUAAUGAAAAAAGUAAUGUGAUCUUUUAAAACCUAGUUACACCUGAGAUCAUCAACCCAUGUUCUCCCUUGCAUUUCUAAACACGAUACUCUUGAAUUGGGA